UGAAUGUUUGCACCCUUGUGAAGCACUGUAUGAGGUCUCUGAUUUGCUAAUUGCUAUUAUCUGUUAGUAAAUGUGGUAGGAUUAUUUGAUCAGGUUCUUUUUUUUAAUAUUUUCAAAAAUUGAAUUUAUUAACUAAAUAGUGGCGCAUUAAUUUUUGGUUAUUGUAGUUGAGUGUUUGUUGAUCCCGUGCUCACUUGUUGCAGGUUCUGUUUUGAUUGCAUUGAUAACUGGGCAACCAUCACAAGCCUCUGUCCUCUUUGCCAGAAUGAAUUUCAACUGAUUACAUGUGUGCCAGUGUAUGAUACAGUCGGUGGCAACAAGACUGAUGAUGAAACAAAUCCAAGAGAUGAUGACUGGUUCAUUGAAGGGAAAAGUAACAAUGUUACUUUUCCCUCAUACUAUAUCGAUGAGAAUGCAGUUGUCUGUAUGGAUGGAGAUGGCUGCAAAAUUCGUAGUGGAUCGGUGUCAAUUGAAGAAGAUUCAGAUAUUGAUACAUCCAUUGCUUGUGAUUCAUGUGAUAAGUGGUAUCACGCUUUUUGUGUGGGAUUUGAUCCUGAAGGCAGUUGUGAUAGCUCAUGGCUGUGCCCAAGGUGUAUUGAUAAAGGUUCAAAUGAGUCGGACAAUGUUUCAGUAUUAAGAAAAAGCUUUCAAAAUGGCUUAGAAGUUGCUAACUGUGGCUUUGUAGAUGAAGCAUCUUUAUCUGGAAGAGUAUUAGUAUCUGUUGCUGAUGAUGGUGAGACAGCUGUAGUCGUAUCACUGAUUGAAGAAAAUCAAGAGAUUCAAGAAUCGAGUCAAUCAGCCUCGGCCUUUUGUAAAGAUAAAAAUAUGGGAAACACCUUCUUACCCAGUUCUAUGUGCACCUCUCCGAAGCCUGAAGCAGUGUCUGGUGAUAAAGAGAGUGUUGAACAUAAUUCAUGUGAACAAGGAACAGCAGAACUGAAUUUGUCACGAGAUAAUCAUGGCAGCUCAUCACAUGAUGUAUUACCUGCUGAGCUGAACACAAAUGCUGAUGGUUCAGUGGAAGUAACCUCGGGACAUUUGAAAGAGAAAAUGACUGACCCUGGUUUAGAUCUUGAUCUUGACAUGAAGGACAAUAAUGUAGCUGAAGAUAAAGUGCCUCAGUUAUCCGAACCAAAUAACAGGUCACAAGAUCCUAAGCCAGAGAAGACGAUGCCUGAUGACAUUAUUGACGAUAUGAUGGCUGAUGAGAAACUGACCAUUACUGGAAUUACAUGUGCUAAGAGGAAGAACAGAGAUAACAGAAAUGCAGAUGGCGGAACUGAAGCUAAUAUUGAAGUUAAGAUUCCUCGAAAGAAAAUGAAAUCUGAAAAGAAUAGUCAGCCCAUCAUUAAUCUCACGGAUCAAACAGCUUCACUCGUUCGAGAUGAGUCCACUACAAUUUCCAGACAAAAACGUUUGCGGGAAAAGGAAAAUGCUAGUCCUGAUAUAAGGGACAUUGUCCAGGGAUCUUAUCGUAAAUCUCUGAAAAAACCUGGACAUAAAAAUUUUUCCGAUACAACCUGCAAAGAAGGAGAAAGUGCCGCCGGGUUGAGGGUCAAAAAGAUCGUGAGGAGAGCUGGAAAUGAUGAUAAAGAAUCUUCAACGCUCGUUCAAGAGCUUAGACAAAAAAUCAGAGAAGCUGUCCGUAAUAAAUCUUCUGAAGAGGUUGGGAAAAAUCAUUUUGAUCCGAAGCUUUUGGAUGCUUUCCGGGCUGCUUUGGCUGGAUCAGGUGCAGAUAAUAGGAAACCACCUCUGGAUGUGAGGGCAAAAAGGUCAUUGUUGCAGAAGGGCAAAGUUCGUGAGAGUCUGACCAAAAAGAUAUACGGGGCCGGGGGAAAACGGAAACGGGCUUGGACCAGGGAAUGCGAAGUCGAGUUCUGGAGGCAUCGGUGCAUGAAAAUAUCGAAGCCCGAAAAAAUCCAGGCAUUGAAAUCGGUUCUUGAUGUCCUGAGAGAUAAUAAUCUUCAAGAAAAGAAAACGCCUGAGAAUAAUGAAGAGGUGGAGACAAAGGGUUCAAUUCUGUCUAGAGUUUACUUAGCCGAUACAUCUGUUUUUCCUAGAAAGAAUGACAUUAAACCUGUUGCGGACCUCAGAGCUUCUGGAACUCCUGAACCGAAAAAAGGAAGUAGUUUGACUGGAAAUAACUCUAUACCUUCGACCAGUAAUCAGUCUGAGGCAAAUUCGCUGAGGCUCGGUAGUUCAUCUCAGUCGAAAGUUCUUCCUUUGGAUGGUAAAGAGACGAAGAAGAGUGUUACGGAAAUGAAAUCUGUAUCCAAAGGGACACCUGCUUCUGCAUUAGGUGGUAAGAAGGCACCUUUGGAUAAGGAAAAGACAACUAAAUCGGACAUGGCAAAGGGUGAUAAAAGACAGUGGGCCUUAGAACUUUUGGCUAGAAAAACUGCAGUCCCCGGCAAGAAUACGCAAGAGAAAGAAGAGGACAAUGCGAUUCUCAAAGGGAAUUUUACCUUAUUGGCUCAACUACCGAAAGAAAUGCGGCCUGUUUUGGCUGCCAGUCGUCAUAAUAAAAUCCCCGUAUCAGUCAGGCAGACUCAACUUUAUCGCCUCACUGAGCACUUCCUGAAGAAAGCAAAUGUGUCGGUCAUUUGCAGAUCUGCCGAGACAGAGUUAGCCGUUGCAGAUGCAGUUAAUAUCGAAAAACAAGUUGCCGACAGGUCACACAGCAAGCUCGUCUACCUCAAUUUGUGCUCGCAGGAAUUAUCACGAAGAGCAGAUGAUAUUAACAGUAGCUCAGAAUGCCCCUCAGAUGCAGCAGCAACUGAAGAAUCUAAUAAUAAUAAUAAUAUUGCCAGUAGCUCUUUAGAUUUGGGAGUUGAAGAAGCACUGAGAAGAGCUGGGCUCGUGUCGGAUUCCCCUCCAACUAGUCCAAAUCAUCCAACAGAGGAUAUUAAUAAUAAUAAUAAUAAUAAUAAUAAUAAUAAUAAUAAUAAUAAUAAUAAUAAUAAUAAUUAUAAAGUAUGUUCUGCAGAUAGCAGUGAUGACGAGGGACCUGAGAACGUUAUCGAGGCCGAGCCUCACUCGGAACUCGAUAUUUACGGCGAUUUCGAGUAUAGUUUGGAAGAUGAUGACUUUAUUGGUGCUGGCUCUCUUAAUACCAAUUCUAAGCCACAUAUUGAGCCGCCAAAGUUGAAAUUGCUGUUUUCAUUGAUUAAACCCGAAAAAGCAGACGAGAAAGCUUUAGCUGAAUUGUCGGGCCCAGUUGAGUCUCGGAAUGAUGCUGGCACUGGGGACCCGAAUCUUGAUAACAGUAAAGACGAGGCUUUUAUUCGAAAUUCUGCAGUUGAUAGUGAGAAGGAGCUUUUGGCGGCCGAAUGUGAAGAGCUCUAUGGACCUGAUAAAGAACCACUUGUUGAAAAGUAUCCAUUGGCCGUAUCAGAUAAGCCGUUCGAUGGAUUAUCUGAAGAAAAUGGUGGUGAUAAGAGGUUGGGCCAAAGCCAAUCACCUUCCAAUAUUAAGGAUAAGAACAAUUCGGUGAAGAAGGAUAGGACAGCAAAAGCCGACACCAAGCCAUCAGAUAGUAGUAUGAUCGUGAAAAAGGUUGAAGCAUAUAUUAAGGAGCACAUAAGACCGCUUUGCAAGAGUGGUGUGAUCACAGUUGAACAGUACAGGUGGGCCGUGGGAAAAACAACCGAGAAAGUCAUGAAGUACCAUUCGAAGGAGAAAAAUGCAAAUUUUCUCAUCAAGGAAGGUGAGAAGGUGAAGAAACUAGCUGAACAGUAUGUUGAAGCUUCCCAGCAGCUGACAAAAACUAAACCUUCUUAAGCAUGAAAACGUACGUAAUAUCUUAAUAUUCCUAAUAUCUUGAUAAAUUGGCAUUGUAUUAGUAAAUUUCAUGAUCAUCUUAAUUCUGGUAAGGCCUUCAAUGCUGUCUAUGGUGCAUACAUCCAUUGGUUUGCAAAUAGUGGGAUCAAGAUUGUUGUAUUAUACAUGAGUUUUGAUUGUAAAUCCAUCUUUGCAAAUUACUGCUGGAAUAUUGUGCUGUGAGGGCUGCAUUCUGGGCACCUUUUCAAUUACAGAGGACCAAAAAUAUGAUUUUUAUUUUUUUUUUCAUGAUUUACAUGGCUGUUUUGCUUUGAAAGAAAUUACUAAAAUACUAAAAUGUGUGAUUAAACAUACACAAUCACACACAGCUGCAUCGUAUUUUAAACAUACAUUUUAUUGACCUAGCAUGGAGUGCACAAUAAAAUCUGAU